AGCAAAGCGCAGUAGAAAAAUAGAAACUCUGGGGGAAAUAUCACGAACACAACUUUGUAAACAUUGUGUAACCACACUAUUUCGUUUCAUAGACAUUAUACUAACUCUACCAUAACAUGAGUACUCCUAUAAAUAACAUACAAGGUCAAGGCACAUCAUUGAAUAUUAAACAGCUUAUUGAUAAGUUAACUAUUGAACAAUUACAACCUUUCCCAUUACCUAAAUAUAUUGAUUCAUUACCGAAUGCCAAUAUUCAAGAAUUCAUACAGAACGAAGAAUUAAUUAAAGGAUAUAUUAAAGAUUUAGAGAGUUAUAAACUACAGCAGCAGAAAAUUGUUGAUCGUUCGAGUAAAUUACAGAGCAUACUUAAAGAUGAUAUUUUAGGAGAACUAUUAACUAAGUAUCUCGAAAUAAUUCAGAAGAUAAAAAGUCAAUUAAAAUCCAUACAUCAAAUCUAUCAAGAAUUUUUAAACCUUGAAACUUAUCAAUAUCAAUUAUUAUCUUCGAAUUUCAAUCAAGAUUAUUUGAUCAAGACUAAAUUUGGGAAAUUAAUAGAAAAGAAUAAUAAUGAUUCCAUACAAUUAAUAAAAGAAUAUACAAGUAAAAUUGAUGAAAGCGGUAAACUAGAUGAAACUGAAUUCAAUGAAUUGAUUACAAAUUUCAAAAGGAGUCGUCAAUUGUAUCAUUUACGUCGAGAGAAACUACAUAGAUUCAAUGAAGAGAGGGUUAGCGGGUUUAUAUGAAAAAUAAAUGGCUCGCAUACUUCGAAUAUAUUUCUUUAAUAUACACACCACGGCUUAUCACUAUUCUAUUUCAAGAAUAAGUAUAUAUCAAAAAGUAGCAAAAUAGCAAAAUAUAUCCAUCGAUCCGACUUGUGAGAGGUAUUUUUUCCGUACCUUAUAACCGAGUCAGUAAAUAAACUCCUAGUCCACUAAAGAUCCAGGUAUUAAACUAUAGAGUAUGAUAAAUCUUAAUUAUAUUAGAUUUGUCAGUGUAUAUGACCUAUAUAUUUAAAUGAACCCACAAUAUUAUACAAUGAUGUUAGCUCAUUAGCAUACGACAAGCUCAGCUAGUAAAGUUUCUCUGAUAUAUAUAAUAUAUGAGCAAAGGAGGUCGUUCCUACUUUAUAGUGAAAAU